AUGGACCUGGAUCCGCUUCUGCUGCACGCGGAGGCUGGGGAUGUGGAGGCGCUCAAGGCGGAGCUCGAGGGCGAGGGACCGAAGCGCCUGAGGUGCAGGGAUCCGGACAGGAGGACCGCGCUGCACCGGGCCUGUGCCAACGGCCACGAGGAGGCUGCGAAGCUGCUGCUGGCCCAGGGCGCGCAGGCAGAGGUGGAGGACGAAGAGGGGUGGACGCCUUUGCACUCCAGCAGCAGCCGCGGCAGCCAUCAGAUAGUGCACCUCCUCAUCGAGGCGGGGACGGAUGUGGACGCGGUGACCUCCAGCGGCGCCACGGCUUUGCACUUCGCGGCGGCCAAGGGUCAUGAGGAGGUCAUCAGGACGCUGCUGGCGGCCAGGGCCAAGGUGAACCUACGGGACCGCUCCGGGGGCACCCCGCUGCUGCGCGCGGCGGGGGCCGGGCGACUCGGCGCGCUGCAGCGGCUGUUGGAGGCGCAGGCGGAUGUGAGCUGCAAGGACAAGGCGGGGGAAAACGUCUUCCACGUGGCCAUCAACGGGCACCAGGUGGAGAUGUGCGACCUGCUCUUCGAGAGGGAUGAGGCUGAGAAGCUGAUGACCCAGGAGAACGCCGAGGGCAAGACGGCGGCCCAGCUUCUCUUGGACUUCACCCCCAUGGAGGUUCGGGACAAGAUCAAGUCGAUUUGGCGCGAGAAGUUGGACGUGGGUGCGUUACGGGAGGUGAAGAUGAGGGGGUCCGGCCUGCAUAAGGCCGGGCAGCACCUCAACUACCAGGCGAUGGGGCUACCCAGGCCGGGCUUGAUGCCAUCGCCUGGCCUGGACCUCUCGCAGCUGAUGCAGGCUCUUGUUCAUCUCAUAGCCCCGCCGUCGGUGUUUCUGGCGGUGACCGCUCUGCUGAGCUUCAAGUGGCACUUCCAGCUGAAAGCAGGCACUUGGGUUCUAGCGGCCUGUGCGCUGCUGCCUUACCUCCUCGCGUGCCGCGGGGAGCGAAAGGCCGCAGAAGAGCGCAGAGACCGCACCUGGCUGCGCUUGAGCAAGUUCUUGUGCGACCGCGCCAUGACGGGGCAAGGGCUCUCGCCUCAGAGCACGGGCACCAUGCGGAAGAGCUAUAGCAGCGGCACCUUGCAGAAGACCGGGCAGGCCGGGCUUCGUGGGCUGGGCUUCGUGGGCUUCGUGGGGGCGACCAUCACCAGCCCCAUGGCGGCUGACAUCGAGAUGCCGAAGCUCCCGAAGUAUCUCAAUGUCACGCACCUCACCAAGUUCAGGAAACUUCCUCCUAGCACUGGCAACCUGCACGGGUGGCUGGCGGAGGACUACAGCCAGAUCAAUUGGCCCCUGCCGAAGAUGUUCGGCAAGGAGCGAUAUGGUUACAGCAUGAUCGACAUCGACGACCCGCGCUACAUCAAGGAGUGCGCUCAGAUGUCUCAGAAGCUGAUUCGUCUGCACUACGACCAGCAGAUCAUCGACUACACGUGGCGGAAUACCUACAAGGCCCUGCUUACCGCCGAGCACCGGCAGGCGACCUUGCCAGUGAACUGCGCCCAGAAGACCCGAGACCUCAUGAAGAAGGAGGUGGACUCCUGCAUGAAGCAGCUGUUGGAGCUCCAGCAACAGAAGGACAUGUACGAGCAGCAGAUCAAGGAGAUCUACGAGCGGUGUGACUCCAUUAAGGCAACCAUCAAGAAGGAGAACGACUUGGAGGAUCUGCGGCUGACGAUGGAGAAGCAAACCAAGGAGAAGAUCUCGGCGGACUCGCCCUUUUGGAAGGCCAAGUUCAACAUCCGCUCGGUGAACGCGCCGCCCAGGUCCGGAUCCUUGACCUUGGAGUAG